ACGGUGCCUGUGUUCCCCAAUGGCAUAUCACCAGGGCAUCGAGGCAAGGCACUACGCGAGCAGAGUGAUCGUCAGAGAGUCCCUGGGUAGGAUAUGUUUACGCGAACUUCGUCACCGAUUCUCCAAGGCAAAGAUGAAAACUCCCCCGUAUGACCAUGUCUGCCAGGUCGGGGACCCCAUCCUGCGUGGAGAGAGCUCGCCUGUCAAUCCCCGUCAGAUCAAGUCAGCCGAAGUGCAGAACGCUAUCAAGAUGAUGACAAAGGUGAUGCGCAGCGCAGGAGCUGUCGGCUGUGCGGCGCCUCAGGUGGGCAUGGCCAAACAAAUUGUUGUGAUGGAAUUCACCAAGGAGCACAUGGAGAGUUUGGAGAAAGAGGUCCAGAAGGCAAGAGAAGUUACCGUUUUUCCUCUGAAGGUCUUCAUCAAUCCAGAGCUCAAGGUCAUUGACCCUAGAAUCGUGACCUUACUGGAAGGCUGCCUGAGUAUAUCGGGCUAUGAUGCCUGCGUUCCACGAGCUUACGGUGUAGAACUCUCAGGAUUGAAUGAACUUGGCCAGCCAGUCACUUGGUCUACUACUGGCUACUCUGCUCGUAUCGUCCAACAUGAGAUGGACCAUCUGCGAGGCAAGCUCUUUAUUGACAUCAUGGACUCUUCUACUUUUGUGGACAAGGAGUGGCCACGAUGGAAUUUAAAGUGAUUCAUGUUAUUUUGCCUACGGACAUACUGGUGUAGGUUUUCUCCGCUAUUUAAAAACGUUUUUCAUUUAAAUUCACCAAUUCUAAUUUUGAAAUUUGUAUGAGAAGUAGUUUAGUCCAUGGGCCAGACCAGAUGUGUACCACCUAAUGAAAGGUGGUAUCUGGGUACCUGUCCAUGACUGUAAUAUAGACCUUUAACAUCGUGCCACCAUUUCAGUCGUGUUCCUGUGUCCAGUGACAGUGCUGAGUGGUGAUGUUUUUUUGUUGUGCAAAUUGGAAAAAUAGGGGUGGCUACGUGCACUUCUGAAAGUUGGUAGACUAGCGUUUGCAAUAUCUGUCAAUCUUUUUAAGACUCACAAAUAUUAAUAAGCUUCCUAUACAUUAUGGUAUACAGUAUAAAUUUGGAGAAAAGCCUCCUUCACAAGUUAUUAAUUGAUAAAUA